AUGGAGGACACAUUUGAAGAGAAUAUUAUUGAUAUUGAUAGUAGUGAUGCAAAAAACCCCCUUGCAGUUGUUGACUAUGUUGAUCUAUAUGCAUGCUACAAGAAAAUGGAGAAUUGUGGCUGUGUUUCGCCAGAUUAUAUGGUAAAACAAUAUGACAUAAAUGAGAGGAUGAGGGCUAUUCUAAUUGACUUGCUGAUUGAGGUACACCACAAAUUCGACCUUAGGGAUGAAACGUUGUUUCUAACUGUAAACUUAAUAGACAGAUUUUUAGCAAAGCAAAUUGUAGAGAGAAAGAAGCUGCAGCUUGUUGGUUUGGUUGCUAUGCUAUUAGCCUCGAAAUAUGAGGAAGUUUUAUUCCCAGUCGUUGAUGAUUUGAUAUUUAUAUCGGACAAAGCUUACACAAGACAAGAACUUCUUCAAAUGGAGUGGUUGAUGCUCCACACAUUGCAAUUUACAAUGUCUCCUCCAACUGCGCACGUUUUUAUGAGAAGAUUUCUCAAGACAGCUCAGUCGGAUAGGAAGCUUGAGCUUCAGUCUUUCUACUUGAUUGAGCUUUGCUUGGUGGAGUAUGAAAUGCUCAAAUAUUCGCCUUCAUUUUUGGCUGCUGCUGCAAUAUAUACAGCUCAAUGUACGCUUUAUGGUCUUGGACAAUGGUGUAAGACGUGCGAAUGGCAUACAAGCUACACAGAAGAUGAACUACUGGAAUGCUCAAGAUUGAUCGUCGGGUUCCACCAGAAAGCAGCAACCGGGAAACUUUCAGGGGUUUACAGAAAGUACAGCAAUCUAAGUUGGGAUAUACAGCAAAAUAUGAACCAGCACAUUUUCUUGUACAAAAAGCCCCAUAAUCAGCAGAGGAUGUACAGUUACUAA